AUGGAUGAAGAACUUUUAGAUAAUUUAUAAGCAGAAGAAGAUGACAAUGAAAUUUAAAAUUUUCCUUUAUUUUAAUAAAAACAAAUUGGAGAGUUUGUCAAAAAGAUACUUGGUGACAAUAUAAAUACAUAAAAAGCAUUUCGAGAUAAAUUUAAUAGAUGUUUAAGUCUUUUCGUAUUUUAUAUGAGUCAUAUGUAUUAAAUUCAAUCAUUUAAGGGUAACAGUGAUGAAAGAGGAUAAUAGGAAGAAAAAACAUGAAAAAAAGAAAGUGCAAGUAACAAAGGAGGAUAUCAUAAAUACUUUAAAAUUAAUUGAUUUUUAAGAAAUAGCUGAGACUCUAGAAAGUAUAAGAUUAAGUUAUGAUGAUUAGAUUUGUAAUUAUUGCAAUUUUAAGAAAAACAGAUUUAAUAAGAGAACUAGUUAGAAUAAGAAUUAGAAGUAAAUGAAAUGCGCGAAAUAUAAAACUUUAAAAAUAUGAAUGAUGAAUUAAAAGUAGAAGAGAAUAAUGAUAAUGAUGAAUAGAUUUAGGAUAAUUAGGAUUAACUCGUUGAAGAAAUUGAUGAUGAAGAUAUUGAGAACGGAUAGCUUAAUGAAAAUGAAUAAUGA